GGGCGGCUGGCCGGAAGUGGCGGCGCACCCGGCUCGGGCACAGCGGCUCCCGCCUCUGCCGCGCUCCGGCCCCGGCUCCGCGCCCCCGCCCCCCCCCCGCCGCCGCCGCCCCCGCCGCCGCCGCCAUGUUCCUGACGCGCUCCGAGUACGACCGGGGUGUGAACACUUUUUCUCCGGAGGGGAGGCUCUUCCAAGUGGAGUACGCCAUCGAGGCCAUAAAGCUUGGCUCCACGGCCAUCGGGAUCCAGACCUCGGAGGGCGUCUGCCUGGCCGUGGAGAAGAGGAUCACCUCCCCGCUCAUGGAGCCCAGCAGCAUCGAGAAGAUCGUGGAAAUAGAUUCCCACAUAGGCUGUGCCAUGAGCGGCUUAAUAGCUGAUGCAAAGACUUUAAUUGAUAAAGCGAGAGUGGAGACGCAGAAUCACUGGUUCACCUACAAUGAAACCAUGACGGUGGAGAGCGUGACGCAGGCCGUCUCCAACCUGGCGCUGCAGUUUGGGGAGGAGGACGCGGACCCCGGCGCCAUGUCUCGCCCGUUUGGUGUCGCGCUGCUCUUUGGAGGAGUUGAUGAGAAGGGACCCCAGCUGUUUCACAUGGACCCCUCGGGGACGUUUGUUCAGUGCGAUGCCAGAGCAAUCGGGUCCGCCUCGGAAGGCGCGCAGAGCUCCCUGCAAGAGGUUUACCAUAAGUCGAUGACGCUGAAAGAAGCAAUCAAAUCUUCCCUUGUCAUCCUGAAACAAGUUAUGGAGGAGAAACUGAAUGCAACCAACAUCGAGCUUGCCACUGUGGAGCCUGGGAUGAAGUUCCACAUGUACACGAAAGAGGAGCUUGAAGAGGUCAUCAAGGAUAUUUGAAAGGGAGAGAGAGACUCCCUCAAAGGCUCAUUCCCCCGAUCAAAGAACCGACUCUCAGUUCCUUCCAGUACCUGUGAUUUUAUUUCCAGCAGCAUCCGUAAUUGCUCUUCUCAGAAGGCUCUUGAGGUUUUUUUUUACAGUUUCUGUACAUAACUGAUCUCUACAGUAAGAGGAGAUGAUAAUAAAUCAUUUUGUUACUCUA